AUGCACUAUAUAGGGAAAAGGGACACAGCCCAAGUCUCAUUUUUGUUAUUCGUGCUGCAGGUCACAGUCAUCCAGAUCCAUUUGGCAUCCAGGUCCAAUACCAAGACUGUGCUGGACAUUGACAAUGCCAAGCUUGCUUCUGAGGACUUCAAGAUGAAGUAUGCGAAAGAGCAGGCCAUGAGGAUGGCAGUGGAGGCAGACAUCAGUGGUCUGAGGAGGGUCCUGGAUGACAUGAACCUGGGCCGCUCUGACCUGGAGAUGCAUUACGAGGGUCUGAAGGACGAGCUCAUCAUGCUCAAGAGGAGCCACCAGGUGGAGAUUGCCCUGGUGAAGACCCACGUGGGCAGCCAGGUGAAUGUAUCAGUGGAUGCUGCCCUAUCCCAGGACCUGAACGCAGCGAUGACCGAGAUUAGGAAGCACUACGAGUCUGUGGCCAUCAAGAACCGCAAAGAGCUGGAAGCCUGGUACCAGGGCAAGAAAUCGUCCCUGGAGGCCACGCUGGCAGACACCCAGAAACGCUACUCUGCUCAGCUGGCAGGGCUCCAGAGCAUGGUGACUAGCCUGGAGCUCCAGCUCUCCCAGCUCCACGCCAACAUCACUCACAACAAGCAGGAGUACGACAUGUUUCUGAACCUCAAGACCCGGCUGGAGCUGGAGAUUGCAGAGAACAGGAGGCUGCUGGACGGAGAGGACGACAGCUCCACCCAAGUGGUUACCAAGAUGAUCACCGUGACCCAGACCAUUGUGGAUGGAAAGGUGAUGGUUCUGUUAACAGAACCAUCAAUAAAGAUUAUGUGGUUGAAUGAGAAUGGGCUGUGUGGUUUCACUUGUUUCAGAGAUAUGAAUGCUUUAUAAUAGACUGACUAUAUGAAUCUGUGAGUAUGGAUGUCAUAGCAGAUACAUUUUGUGUUCUCAUUUCAUAUGACUUGAUUUCAAUUCGACAUCUUUCCACCAAAACAUGGUGUCCAGCACUAGAGUUGACUCCACAAACACUCUCCAUACAUAUAACUCUGAAUCUAAUGCUUGAAAAACUGAGAGUUUGAUUAAUAGAGAUAGAAUGAUGUAAUUUUGCCGACAGCCAGUGUGGCGGCCCUGCCACUCUGUCUGCCGAAUUCUUUCUCUUUGCUCGUUUUCCUUGGUAGGAUGUCAGGGGGCGGAGCCGGGAGGGUCGUCAGCGAGGUGGGACGUACCUGGGCUCGGGUGUGUCCCGGGGAUAAGUACACCUUUCCCUGUUCAUUGAGGAGACUCUCUCCAUGCAGACACACUGUUAUUUUUGGUUGUGGCAUUUUGUGAUUUGUUUGUUUUGGCACCUCUCAACACCCCUCAUUUUCACCAUCUAUGCAUGCAACCACUCACUUACACUACUGAAUACUGACUACACACACCAUUGUUACUUGUAUAUAGUUUUAGUUAAUAAAUAUUUAGUUAAUAAAUAUAUUUUUGUUUUUCCUUAUCUCCACGUUGUCUCCCUCAUGACCACCGAAGGUGGUUCCUCUCCCUGUUCCGUCGGUGCUUGGGGGUCGGCGUCACCGGCCUACUAGCCAUAACCGAUCCAUGUUUAUUUUUCCAUUUGUUUUGUCUUUGGUUCAUUCACACCUGGUUUUCAUUUGCUUUAAUUCAUGUGUGUAUAUUUACCCCUGUUUCCCCGCUUAGAUUUGUGCGGGAUCAUUUUUCUUGUUGCUUGUGGAGGCUUUCCUCAGUGUAUUUCGCAUGCGGUUAUUAUAGUAAGAUGCGUUGUGUUUAUGCGCCUUACGAGAAUACUGUUACUUCCCAUUGUUUUGGGGUAUUGUACUGUACCGUGUUUUUGGACUUGCCCAGAUUAAAAUAUACGCUACACUGACA